UCUUUUUGCUUAUUCAAUACAAGCAAUAGAGGAAGAAAAUCUCUGCUGUCAGUUCAUCAAUAUAUUUUUUGUACUGGAUAUGUCUGUAAAUUUCAAUGGGGGUGGCUGUAUUGAUAUGGAAGUUUGGUGUUGGAGGUUGUACAGAUAAGCUUCAACUGAGGAAUCGCAUCCAAGCGGAAAACAAACAGCACUUGCAGAUGGUUCAUCCAAUGCAGAGGAAAAAGACUUUUGUUUUUCUUUUUUUCUUUUCUUUUUUUUUCUCAUUUUAAAAACUGUAAUUAUACAUGAAACCAGAGUCCUGUAGCCCCGUUAUAUUGCAUCACUGUGUGUUCAUACAUUUACUAAACGGAACUGAUUUAAAAAGGACUACGAUUUCAUACUGAGAAUGAAAGGACUUUGAUUCACAUAGAUGGGGAGGCUCAAGACUUUUGCAAAGAAAAUAAAUUCUAAUCUUGUAUAAAGAAAAGUUCAAAAAAUUAGCAAGUGAUGCAAAAGUUCUCUGUGGUUUAUUUUUGUAUUUUUUCUUUUAAAAAAAAAAAAGCAAACUUUUUUUUCCCUUCUCUUUCUUGUGUAUGUGUGCUUCGGAACAACAUUUUUAGAAGUCUCGCGCUUUGUUUUCCCUCCUCAAAUCCUGUUACCUACUCAUUCCCAUAGUUUCCAUAUGCUUGUUCAGAAGUGGCGACUACUAGGGAGCCACAAUGUUUGCUCACAACCAUUGUAAACUGAGAGGGUUGGAGUUGGAGACGGAGUGUGAUUUUCUUGUUUUCUUUGUGUGUGUGUGUACGUUCUGAGAAAAAAAUGACAACAACAUGACAAUACUUAACAAUACAGAAGGAUCCGUGAGAAAAGGCUUAAGCUUGUUUUCCUGUGGACUGUCUUGGAGGCUUCGCUGGGAAAAGAAAAAUCAUUAGGUUCAUUGUUUUCAUCUACCAAUCCUGUUGAUAUUAGUCAAUAUUUUCCAUCAGACCCACUUUCUGUGUCUGAAUGUUACCUAAAAAACUUCCCCCCUUUAGACUUUUUUUUUUUUUUUACCCCAAUGUUUCUAGAUAUAUUUGUAUUAUUUUUCUUCUGGAGAAAAUAUCUAACCAUUCAGUCUUUUUAGGUUGUUCGUGUCUUUGCAGAUGAUUUUUUUGGGAUGCAAGUCUGUGUAUUGUGAUGGAAAUGUUUCCCAGAGGUUAAACUUGUAUGUCUUUUUGAAUGGAUCUGAGGAACAUGUUUUUUGUUUUCUUUUUGCAUUUGGAAAUGAGUGACAGAUGAUGGACAUAGCCAGAGUUUGAGCUCAGUUGUAAAUUAGUUCUUUCAAGUAGCAAGAGUUAAGAAAAACAGAGGUAAGAAAAAGAAAAACAAAACAGCAAAAAAAGAAAAACAAAAAAAAAAGAGAACUUGCCUUUUUUAUAUAAUUAUCUGUAACAAAAUGUUUUUACAUGUUGGUCAUCUAUUGAUUGCUUUUUGUGUCUUGACAUAUAAAAGAAAUGGAAAUCUGCCCUUUUUUUAUGUCCUUUAUGUGCUUCUUCACUUAGUAAGGAUUUAAGUUAAAUGAUAAGGCAGCUGAAAGCAUUAUGUAUUUUUUUCCUUAUUGAAUGCAAAGAUCACUUCUUUUCUCCUUUAUUUUUCCUAUCUGUAGUAUUACCAUUAGGCCAGAAAUUGGAGCGGGUCAUUUCAGAAUGAAUAAUAUUGAGUUCUUAAACUCUAGCUUUGGUUUAAUUUAAUACAUAUUAGAGUUUUAUAAUGACCAUGUGAAAUUCUUAUUAGUAAACAGAGGGCGUUGAAGGCAGUGAAGAUCAGCAGGACCAAUCAAAACUAUCCAUUUAGUUUAGGCCCGCCCAUGGUCGGGAGCUUCUACUGUGGAGUAUCCAUAGAAACAGGCACGACGGUGCCUGGUGUUGGCUUAGGAACGUACCUCGUAAGACGUUUGCUAUGAGGCUGAAUUGCUAUCUUGCUUCCUUCUUACUUUCUAAAUGUACCUCUUUGAGCAAUGGAUCAAUACAGUAUUUUGGGUAGAAUUGGCGAGGGAGCCCACGGCAUUGUUUUCAAAGCGAAACACAUCGAGACAGGGGAGACCGUGGCAUUGAAAAAGGUUGCCUUAAGGAAGCUCGAGGAUGGGAUUCCUAAUCAAGCACUUAGAGAAAUCAAAGCUCUCCAAGAAAUAGAGGAUAAUCAGUAUGUUGUGAAGCUGAAGGAUGUCUUCCCUCACGGCACAGGCUUCGUGCUUGUGUUUGAGUACAUGCUGUCAGACCUGUCAGAAGUCAUCCGAAAUUCUCAGAGGCCCCUGACUGAAUCGCAGGUCAAAGGUUACAUGAUGAUGUUACUGAAAGGGGUGGCCUUCUGUCAUGAAAACUCCAUUAUGCACCGUGAUCUAAAACCAGCUAACCUCUUGAUAAGCUCCACUGGGCAUCUCAAGAUUGCUGACUUCGGUCUGGCCAGACUUUUCUCCAAUGAGGGAGAUAGGCUGUACAGUCAUCAAGUGGCCACCAGGUGGUACCGUGCACCAGAACUUCUUUACGGUGCCAGAAAAUAUGACGAAGGUGUGGACCUAUGGGCAGUCGGCUGCAUUUUUGGGGAACUUCUGAACAACUCCCCUCUUUUUCCUGGAGAAAAUGACAUUGAGCAGCUUUGCUGUGUGCUGCGGGUGCUUGGAACCCCCAAUCAUCGUGUGUGGCCGGAGAUCACUGAGCUACCAGAUUACAACAAGAUCACAUUCAAGGAGAACCCUCCCAUCCCUCUGGAGGAGAUUGUUCCAGACACUUCUCCCCAGGCUGUGGACCUGCUCAAGAAGUUCCUGGUCUAUCCAUCAAAGCAGAGAAUCAGUGCAAGACAGGCGUUGCUGCAUCCCUACUUUUUCACGGACCCCAUGCCCGCUCAUCAUUCCGAGCUACCCAUUCCCCAGCGCGGGGGGAAGCACUCUCGCCAGCGUCUCCAGCCCCCGCACGAGUUCUCUGUAGACCGCCCUCUACAGGAAAGCUUGGUAGAUCCCGCACUCAUUGAGGGAUAUGCACAGUGAUGAUCGUGAUGCUCUCAUGGUAAAUGCUACUUAUUCAUUCUUUUUAUUGGCCACUUGGGUUAAUUUAUCCUCAUUCAUGUAAUAAUGUCACGAACCAUAAAGAAAAAGCCCCUUGGAAACUGAUCUUUGUCACAUGUGUUCCAUAGAUGGUCAUUAAACAAACUCUAUUUGUUCAAGAACAAAUACAUUUCAGGAUACAGAGUCCCGAAAUAGUGUUUAUAAAGGGCAAGUGCAACUUCAGGGGGUGACUGAAAAGUUUCACACCAGUAGACUAGUGCUGUCACAUGUGCUGUGGGGGCAUGUGUUUGAACUAGAGAUAAGAGGAGGUGGUUUUGGAUGGAAGAGGAUGAAAUGUGUUGUGUACAUUGGAGAUAAGACUCAUUCAUGGAAGUUUGCCAUCCUGGAACCUAAGAAAGUUAAAAUUCUGACUUUUUAAAUGAAAUACUGUUUGUGUGUGUGUGUGUGUUAAUGGGUUGGAAACGAUAUAAUUGUAAAUUGUUGUUUACAUUUUUUUUUUAAUAUGUAUAAAAAUGUACUGGAACCUUUGCCUUAAACAUUAAAGCACAUUUUUCAAUUCAGUUUUGCUCUCUUAUGUUAAGUGUUCCUGAGUAUUUUGUAACCGUUGUGUUGGAUGGUUUACAUCGCUCAUCUCAACCUCCCUGACAUAUCGGUGUACCCAAUGACAUUCUCUGUGCCUUUGCAUAUGUCGUUUUACCAAUAAACUGGUUUAUUAUCUACUCUA